CACGGAACACACUCUCAAGACGGCACCGACGACGGGACGCCAUGGGGCCUCCACGACCAUUUACCCUGAUGUGGCAACGAAUGUUUGGCAACACAUCCCCAUUCUCUCCCAUGUUCUGAUUUUUUACACCCAAAGAGAGAAGGAGAGAAAAAGCGAUGCGCCGACCAAUGCAACACCGAUAGAACCGCUCGGUACCCGUUCUUUCGCCAAUCGCCGUGAUCUAGUGAUCUGGGCUUGUCUUGGGUGUUCCUUCCGACGCCUGCCCGACGCCCCUCCGAACGCCGCUCCGCCGGUUCGGUACGACGCAUUGGUACGACUCGUCGGAUCUGGACCGAGCAUCGCAUUCAUCCCCAUCGUACUUCGUACCCCAUCCCCUCUCUGUAGACGCUUCUUUAAGUCCCGUCUCGGGCCUUCCCUUCCGCCAUGGACGACCAACAGCCCUUCAUGACUAUCCGGACGAGGAGGCCAGCAAACGACGAGCACAGCAUGAGCAGUAGUGCCGACUCUGCCUAUGGCUCGGCCACCGAGGGCACUCCACCGGCAACCCACGAUAUCAGCCGAGUGAGCUACCAUGUGAAGCACAUCGACAGCUUCGCCCAGGCUCUCCAGCAUUCGGCCACCAGGGCAUUCCCCAACCGCGGCAACUCAUCUCAGAGGUACACCAAGGUGCAAGCCCUCUUGCUACACUGGAAAUCUGAUGACUUGUUUGUGCUGCCCGAGCUUGAGGACUUGGAGAAAUGCUUCCGUGAUUACUACAACUUCUCGACCGACAUCUUCUCAAUCCCUUCCGAGAACUCCCAUCUGGAGCUGAUGCUCAAGAUUGGCGACCUGGUCAAGCAACACGAAUCUGACGAGACGCUGUUUGUCGUCUACUAUGCUGGCCACGCCAGGAUAGACGAGUCACGACAGAGCACCUGGUGCGCAAACCGCCACCCCGGGUCUCCUUGGCUCCAAUGGUCGGCCAUCCAGACCCUCCUCGAAAGGUCCGUCUCGGAUGUCAUGAUCCUCCUCGACUGCUGCGCUGGCGCUGCAAGUGCCACCUUCCCGACUGGCAAGAGCAUUACGGAAACCAUCUCAGCCUCUAGUUGGGAUGCUAUCGCACCCGAUCCGGGGAGGUAUUCCUUCACCAAUGCCCUAAUCGAAGUCCUCGAAGAGUGGCGUCAACGGACCUUCUCCGCCGCAAUGCUCCACGCCGAGAUCCUGGCCCGUCUAAAGCACCCACGGCCCAUCCUAAUCAAUGGGAAACAUUUCGAAGCGCGGUCCACGCCGGUCCACUUCAUGAUGACUUCCAACCACAGAGCACCCAGCAUCGAGCUCUGCCGCCUCGUCCCCAGGAAACAGAUGCCCCCGUCCCCGCCGAAUGAGCUGGCCUACUGGGGGCAGCCGUCCCACCCGAGGAUGAUCGAAGGGAGAAACCCGGACGAGCCUCACGUACUGAUCUCCCUAGCCCUUGAGGACGACCAACGAUUGGACUUGAACGACUGGGAAACCUGGCUGGGGGCGUUCCCCGCCAUUGCAAAAUAUGUCAAAGUCCAAGGUGUCUUCAAGAGUCACUCGACCAUGCUGUUGUUAUCGCUCCCCGUCAUGGUUUGGGAUUUCCUCCCCGAUGACCCGGCUUGCUCUUUCGUGGCCUUCAUCCGGUCAAACAACCUCCUUGGAGCUCAGCAGUCAACUCGUGAGCCGCAGGCUUCGCAUGUCCCGGUUCCGGACCACGUCCCAGUCUCGGACCCGGUACGCGAUGAUGCAGAGUCCUAUCUGUCUGGGACAACCUACGGACCAACUGAGAGCCUGAAUCUCGCCCGGUAUACGACCACUAGCUCCAACCUUCAUCGAACUCACUCUGCUGUUUCUGCCCCGUACCGAGAGUCCCACGCAGACCUGAGGAUGUCUCCGCGGGCCGGAGCCGCGGUGGGCUCUCGACUAGACCAUACCACACCUGACUCUUUCUCGCAUCUUGGGCAAAACUCCAGCCUACGACCCCAGCCGUCAUCAACUAGCCUUGAGGAUUACUUUCUCAAAGAUCCGGAACCGAAUAUAGCCGUUGUCGAACAUCUUGCGUCAAAUCUUGGCGUCGAGACGGCAGAUAUUCAUGGUGUCCUCCUUGUCGAUCUGCGAUCCUCAACCGACUUCGAGAGAUCCCAUGUUCACCACGCCGUUAACCUGCGCGCGCCCUUGAGCUUCGUCGAAAAUACCUCGCUCGAGAUGAUCGAGGACACCUUUAUGGAUGACCAGAGCCGCCGCAGCUUCAGCAAAUGGUCACAGUUCAAGUGCAUCGUGUUUUACGACAGGGUUAUCGAGUUCGACUGGGAAUGCCCCGUUGCCGACGCCUUGUACACCAAAUUACGGCGAAAGGGCUGGCAGGGCCAGUGCUUCAUCCUCAAGGGCCAUUACCGAGAAUUCUCGGCCUCGUUUGACAAGUACAUCAGCGGGUCCAAAAUGACUAGUGAAGCCAAGGACUACCUCGACAGUCUCCGGCAGCAGUCCAGCCCGACAGAGGAGGAGGCUAUCAAGCGAGACCAGGACUACCACGAGUGGUUGGGCGCAUUCGCAAGCCAACAACGCACGCCGACGGCGGAUCUUAUCCCAACGAGAAAGUUCGAACGGAGAAGGACAGUGGAGCAACAUCAAAGGGAGCUCGAGAUCGAGUUCGAGGCUCGCUUCCCCGCGCUGUACAAAAAGGCGCAAACCAUGCGCCCUGCUACAACGUUUGACGACACUCCCUCCCCUCCGCCGCGGUCUCCACCUCCUCCUUUCCCUAGCGGCGCAAAGCGGAGCCAGUCCUUCAAGGACGUGGAUUGGGUGGGGCCAGGAAAGUUGGACGACGACGACGACUUCGACUUACGCAAAGGGCCACUUGUCGGGCCGCUUGCUAGCGGAUUAGACAAGAUGCGUGAAGCCGGCAAUCUCCCGCGGUCCAACUCUGGGACUUCCUUCAAGAGCUACCACGACGACUACCCCGUAAAGGGUAAGUUGGAUUACUUUGGCGACGACUACGAGCAUGAUUACGACGAGAUCGACCCCAAGAGCGAGGGGUUGGGCAACGAUCCUGGGUUCCAGAAGGCUGGUGUCCCAGCUGGGACGGAGGUGGGUGCUGGGGCUAUGGUCAAGCACGAAAGGGGAGGAGAGGACACAUUGAAGAAGCCCGCGAAGAAGCGGCCACAGAUCUGGGAGAGGUUGAGGAGUGGCGGGACAAAGUGA